AUGGCCGGCGGUGACCUGCGCAGCCUGGCGUUGGUCUCCGCCGUGGUCACUGUGGCCAUGUGUUACGUCCGCUUGGCGGCGCGGCGCCUCCGCCCGGGCCUUCCCCGCCUCGCCGCCUUCUUCCCGGUGCUUGCCAUCCUCCCAUUCCUCCCCCUCGCCUUCCGCGCCGUCCAACUGCGCAUCAUCUCCGGCUUCUUCCUGGCCUGGCUCGCCGAGUUCAAGCUCCUCCUCCUCGCCAACGGCCAGGGCCCCCUUCACCCGUCCCUCCCGCUCCCCACCUUCGUCGCAGUCGCCUCCGGCCCCAUCCGACUCCGCACCGACAAGCCCGCCCAAACCUCGCCGUGGGGACUCGGCCUCGUCUCCUCCGCCGUCAUGGCCGCGCUGCUCGCGGUCGUCGUGUCGCUGUACCGCUACAAGGAGCGGAUGCACCAGUACCUCUUGCUUAGCCUGUACGCGUCCCACAUCUACCUCACCCUGGAGCUCGUGCUGGCGUUCAUGGCGGCGGCGGCGCGCACCGUGCUGGGCCUUGAUCUGGAGCCGCAGUUCGACCGGCCUUACCUCUCCUCGUCGCUGCGGGACUACUGGGGCCGGCGGUGGAACCUGUCGGUGCCCGCCGUGCUCCGGCCAUGCGUGUACCGCCCCGUGCGCGCGUGGCUCGGCAGCGCUCCCGCAGGGGUGCUAGCGGUGUUCCUCGUCUCCGGGCUGAUGCACGAACUGAUGAUCUGCUACAUCACGCUGCGGCCACCCACCGGGGAGGCCACCGUGCUGUUCGUGCUGCACGGGGCGUGCGCGGUGGCGGAGACUUGGUGGGCGAGGCACGACAAGUGGUGGCGCCCGCCGCGGCUGGCGGCGACCCCGCUUGCGCUGGCGUUCGUGAGCACGACGUCGUUCUGGCUCUUCUUCCCGCCCAUCAUGAGGCACGGGGCCGACAAGGUGAUCAUCGCCGAGUGCGAGGCGGCGGUCGCGUUCCUGCGGGACGUCGGGGCCGGGGCCGCCGGCUCCGUCCGCUCGGUUUGGACCGGCAGCUCGUAG